AUGGUGAGACUGGUAAAACGUUGUUUACGGAAAAUUGUCGGAAAUGCUCGCUUAAACUACGAAGAACUAGAGACAAUUUUGAUAGAAAUCGAAAGUGUUGUCAAUUCACGUCCUUUGACGUACGUCAGCGGUGAUUUCGCUGGAGAACCAUUAACUCUGUCGUCCCUCGUUAUAGGGCGAAGACUUAUCGAUACUCCGAAUGUUGAAACGUAUGCUGAAUAUGAUUCGUCAAAAACAAAACUGACACACCGCCAAUCGCAUCUUAAAUCGUUAUUGAAGCAUUUUUGGAAACGUUGGUCAAGCGAGUACUUGCUAACUUUGCGAGAAUUUCACAAAAACAAGGGAAAAACCGGAGCGAGAAUCGUAGCUGUUGGCGAUGUUGUUAUUUUGAACGACAAAGUUAAACGACAACAAUGGAAACUUGGGAAAAUUUUAAAGGUUUAUCCUGGAAAAGAUAAUAUUGUUCGCGCAGCUGAUGUAAAAACGACAGAUUCAGCUGGAAGAUCUAUUAUUUUGAAAAGAUCAAUUACUCAUUUAUAUCCACUGGAAGUACGAGAGGAUUCGGAAAAAGAUUACGGUAUCGCUGCUGCUGCGGAGCCUGCAGUGUCUGAUGUGUUUCAUGUACCGAUUCGAUUUAUUGCGGAUGAAGAAGCUGAAGAGCUGAUAAAUUAA